CAUAAUCGCCUUCUCUCCCUUGUAAUUCCUUUUCCUCACUACUACCUCACACCAUAUUUCAGAACCUUUCUUUCAUAUCCAGACCGUUACUUGCCAUGGGCUUCUGGAUGUUUCCCUCCAUGUGGUUUUCAGACUUUUGGUUAUGUCUACAACUGUAUCACCUGUCAGUAUGACUCCUGUGAGUUCCCACUUGACUGUCCAACAAAGAACAUCACAGUCAUGGAGAACAACCGGACACAGAUGAGGUGUGACGUCCCCUUUCCCCUGCCUUAUGAAAUGAAAGUGGUCUGGAGGUUUGCAGAGGAGAUCAGGACCCAGCAGGUGGAUCAGUUUGAGGAGGUGACAGUAGGGAUAGACCGGCUCUACUCAAUCCCCUCAGCUGGACUGCGACACCAGGGUACAUACCAGUGUGAGAUCUACUCUGACCAGCGCUCCUUAGUCAGACUUUACUACCACCUCAUAGUGAUCCCCCAGGUGGUUGUAGGCCACAGUGAGCUGCAGGAGAUAUUUGAUCUGUCACUGCUUCCAGGGGGCCAAAUUGUCCCUGUGCCUGGUGGAUGGUCCCUUGCCCUCCUCCGUCUCCCCCCUCCCUCUCUCCUCACGGCCUGUCUGACUUCUCUGCUGCUGCUGCUCUUCCUCUCCCUGGGGAUUCUGCACUGGUGGUCGAUAAAGAAAGAGAAGAGUGAUGUGGAGCAGGCUGACGACGAUCCAGAUUCAAGGUGCCCAGUGCGGGAGAUUUAUCUACUGCAAUAAAAACGAGCAAUCGGUCUUUAGCUGGUUUCACCACUAGAGGGCGAUAAGCACAUGUUAAAAUCUGUAACUUCAGUGCUUUAAGGCAGGAGUCAUUAAUAUCGGUUGCCUUUACCUUCCUGAUGUAAGAUAUUAUUUGUUAUAAUGACAAUGAUUAGGCUACUAUUAUCACCACAUACUGUGGCAUGGUGAGACCAGGGAAUGCUUUAUGGGACAGAUUCAACACAUUUUUACUUGUUCAAAGAUGUAACGGUUUUCUUUAGGUGAAGUAGAGGUGGACCAAAAUGCAGCGUGGUUGUUAUUCAUUGUACUUUAAUAAA